CAAGCAGAACAGAGUAUCACACUCCUCUGUAGUUUCUUCUCCUCCUCAUUCCUUUUUCUUCUGAGUUAAAGAGACAUUGCAAUCAUGACUGGUGGUGGUUUCUCUGCUCCGGGGACGCCCACUGUUGAGUUUGAAGCUCGGAUUACUCCGAUCGUCGUCAUUUCAUGUAUAAUGGCUGCCACUGGAGGUUUAAUGUUCGGCUACGAUGUCGGAGUUUCAGGAGGGGUAACAUCAAUGGGUCCUUUUCUGAAAAAAUUCUUCCCAGCCGUGUACCGACAAACACAAUCAAAACACAUUAGCAGCAAUUACUGCAGAUACAAUAAUCAAGGACUGCAAUUGUUCACUUCGUCUCUAUACCUUGCUGGAUUAGUUGCGACUUUCUUUGCGUCUUAUACUACAAGAACGCUUGGCCGGAAGUUGACGAUGCUUAUCGCCGGAAUCUUUUUCUUAGCUGGAGUUGUCCUAAACGUAACAGCUAUAAACCUUGCAAUGCUGAUCGUAGGAAGGAUCCUCCUCGGUUGUGGGGUUGGUUUUGCUAAUCAGGCAGUCCCUCUGUUUCUAUCAGAGGUAGCACCUACGAGAAUACGUGGAGCAUUAAAUAUACUCUUCCAAUUAAAUGUGACAGUGGGGAUUCUAUUUGCCAAUCUUGUAAAUUACGGAACCGCCAAAAUCAAAGGAGGGUGGGGUUGGAGGCUAUCACUUGGCAUUGCUGGGGUCCCAGCUAUCCUCCUCAUUUUUGGUUCUUUAUUGGUGGUCGACACACCUAACAGCCUCAUUGAACGUGGUCGCUUAGAAGAAGGUAAAAAAGUGCUCAAGAAGAUUCGUGGCACCGACAAAGUUGAACCAGAGUUUUUGGAACUCGUUGAGGCCAGUCGUAUCGCUAAAGAAGUCAAACACCCCUUCAGAAAUUUACUCCGGCGAAGGAACCGUCCUCAGCUCGUCAUCGCCGUUCUUUUGCAGGUGUUCCAGCAAUUCACCGGCAUCAAUGCGAUCAUGUUCUAUGCUCCAGUGUUGUUCAAUUCAUUCGGUUUCGGCGGUAACGCAUCUCUAUACUCAUCGAUCUUCACAGGUCUGGUGAAUGUGAUAUCUACAAUCAUCUCCAUCUACUGCGUCGACAGAUUGGGUCGUCGUUUCCUCUUACUAGAAGCCGGCUUCCAGAUGCUCUUGUCUCAGGUGAUUAUAGCAGUAACAUUAGGGAUCAAGCUCACAGACCACACUUCCAACCUUGGGACGACCUAUGGAAUCUUGGUGGUUGUAAUGGUAUGCGCCUUCGUUUCUUCCUUUGCAUGGUCAUGGGGUCCACUUGGAUGGUUGAUUCCUAGUGAGACAUUUCCAUUGGAGACACGUUCAGCUGGACAGAGUGUUACAGUGUGUGUCAAUCUCCUUUUUACCUUUAUCAUUGCACAAUCCUUCCUCUCCAUGCUUUGCACUCUCAAGUAUGGCAUUUUCGUGUUCUUCGCUGGAUGGGUUGUUAUCAUGUCUUUCUUCGUUUACUUUCUGAUACCAGAGACCAAAAAUAUCCCAAUUGAAGAGAUGAUUGAGCGAGUUUGGAAGAAACAUUGGUUCUGGAAGAGGUAUAUGAAAGAUGAUGAGGAACAGAAAGGUGAAAAGACCAAUGAUUUUGAUCCUUCUUCGCAGUUGUAGGUAGAAGUGGUAAUAAAAACCUAGAAUAGGUUAUUUUUUCUUA